CAUGGUUACAGUGACUCAUGUAUACACUGUCUCGUGUGCAGAGGUGUGAUGAUCAGACCAUACUGUGUGAAACCUGAACUCUCUUCUCUCCACAUGUAGUUUUUGCAGGGAAGAUCAGAGUGAGAGCAGUCUGGUAGAAGAUGUCUGCAGAAGGAAAUGAUGCGUCACUGGAUUAGUGCCUGCAGAUCUGUCCCAGCCUCUUCCUCCUCCUGAGCUGCUGAGACGCCUCCAGAAGGGCACGACACUCACUGCUCGCUUUCCCUCCACCAAGCCUUCCACAUGAGCCAACCAAGCCUUACCUCCCCACCAGGAUGAAGAAAGAAAAGGAAGCACAUGUUUUGCUAUUUUUCCUCAUGCUUCACUUCACCUUGGCAAGACAAUCAGACUAUGCUCCUUAUUUUUAUGAUAAUGGACCCAGCAGUACAAAUGGGAAUAUGGCCUUCUUGAGCAUCUCUGAGGACACACCAGUUGGAACACAGAUAUACACCCUGAACGGCACUGAUUCAGAGGGGGAUCCGGUACGAUAUGGUCUGAGUUUUGAAAAGGGCUCCAAAGAAUAUUUUAGGGUAGAGCCCAAAUCUGGAAACGUGACCCUAAUUCAGGAGCUUGACAGAGAGAAACAAGAUGAAAUCUCAGUGCUUGUGAGCAUAACGGAUGGUCGCAAUAAAGUUGUUGAGACAGUGAGAGUGUUUGUUACUGAUGCCAACGAUGAAACACCUGAAUUUCAAAACCUGCCUUUCAUCAUUGAUGUCCCAGAGGACACUGCUCCAGGAAGUAGCAUCUACAGAGUCCAAGCAGUGGAUAAAGACAUGGGCUCAGGAGCCAGUGUCUCAUAUUAUCUACAGACCUCCCCGUUUGCUAAGUUCACCAUCGAUGGGCACAGCGGAAUCCUUAGAGUCAAACCUGGUGAGACUCUAGACUAUGAGACCACAGCAACGCAUUUUGUGACAGUGGUUGCAAAGGAUGGAGGUGGAAUGUACAAGGGGAAGCAACAGGUGUUGACCUCCACAGCCACCAUAACCAUUCAUGUAAUUGAUGCCCAAGACGUGCCUCCAUCUUUCCUAGGAACCCCUUACUUUGGCUACAUCUAUGAAGUCUCAGUCCCUGGUUCUGAAAUAUUUACAGUCUAUGCUAAAGACGGAGACCAAGGCAGUCCAAACCCCAUACAUUAUUCCAUUAUGGAUGGUAGUGAUGGUGUUUUUGAUAUAAAUAGCACUAGUGGAUGCAUCACCCUGUCAACUUAUCCAUCUCUUCUGAAAAAUGAAUUAUAUGAAAUUAAAGUGAAGGCGUCUGAGGUAGGACCAAAUGAUAAGUUGUUGGACUAUGACGUUACCACGGUGACUGUCCGGGUGGUGGAUCUCAACAACCAUCCUCCGACAUUUUAUGGAGAAAACGGACCACAGAGCAAGUUUGAGGUCAGCAUGUAUGAGCAUCCUCCUGCAGGAGAGAUCCUCCGAGGCUUUAAGAUCACCGUCAAUGACUCUGAUCAAGGGGCAAAUGCUAAAUUUAAACUGAGACUAGUGGGGCCGAGCCGAGUGCUGCGAGUGGUUCCCCAGACAGUCCUCAAUGAGGCGCAGGUGACCAUCAUUGUGGAAGACGCAUCUGGCAUCGACUAUGAAAAGGGACCAACACUUUCUUUUAAGCUGCUGGCAGUGGAGAUCGACACUCCUGAGCGGUUCAGUGCAACAGCUGACAUAGUGAUCAACCUGCUGGACACAAACGACAACAUCCCCAAAUUCACAUCCGAGUAUUACAUUGCCAGGAUCCCAGAGAACUCUCCUGGAGGCUCCAGUAUUGUGUCUGUAACAGCAAAUGAUCCAGAUUCAGGCCCUUGGGGUGAAGUCAAAUACAUGAUUUAUGGAUCUGGAUCAGAUUUGUUUGCCAUCCACCCAUCAUCAGGCCUCAUCUCCACACAGCCCUGGACCAGCCUGGAUGCGGAGGUCAGGUCAAAGUACAACUUCUACAUCAAGGCUGAAGAUUCAGAGGGAAAGUACAGCGUGGCUGAAGUCUUUGUCACCGUCCUCGACAUGAACGACCACUGCCCAGAAUUUGAUGAAAAACUUCAGGAGAAGACCAUGAUCAUUGGGACACCUGUCAGAGUAGAGGCAGUGGAUGAAGAUGCAGAGUCACCAAACAACGUCAUCGAGUACUCCAUCAUGACAGCUGAUCCCGACAACGCAUUUGAUAUCAACGUCAACACUGGCGAGAUCAAGCUGAAGCCAUACAUCAAGUCCAUGGAGAUUGUGCAGAACAUCACCAAGCAGAAGGACUGCAAAUGGUCUCUGGUGGUCCAGGCCAGGGACCAAGGGUCUCCAUCCUUCAGCACAACAGCAGUGGUCAAUAUCGAUAUCACUGAGGCGACUCCUCUCAAGGGGCCUAUGGCAGCCUUUUUAAUGAAAAGUAGGGACAAUCCUAUGAAAGCUCUAGGUAUGGUCACUUUUAUCAUUAGCACGUUGGUAGGGCUGACUGUCUUGAUCUCUACGGCUAUGUACAUGCGCAACUCAAAGUCCAACAGGAUUAUGCCGACACGUCGCAUCAUUAAGAGACGACCAAGGGAUUGGCAGCCCAGGACCUUCAAGAUGCCCGUUAUCAAAUUUGGCAACCCUGCAGACAAGCUCCUCAUCAGUGACCCAGAGAGCAGCCCCCAAUGGGACACCAGCAGCCCCCGGCAGAAGCCUCCAACCCCCAGUGCUCCUUGUCUGCCGCCUGCUCCCCUGUCUUACACUCGACCAAGUGAGAGGCCCCACAUGGUCCCAACAAUAUCUGGUGCGCUGGCCUCCAAAGGCUCAAAGAAAGUUAAGUUUAGUCAUCGUAAAGAGGGAAAUAUCAGCUCUGCUUUAGUGUCAGAGCUUAAAAUGAAGCUGGAGCAGAAAAUCAUUGAAAGCAACCAAGGCUAUUAUUAACUCUGUCACACAAACAUCGUUUGCCUGGUCCAUUCUUUGACGACUCUAAGCUCUUAGCUCAUCUGAUGUCUGAGAGUUCUCACCUCAACUACCCUCAACUACGUGAUGAUCUGGCAGGUAAGGAGAGGAGAAAGCUUGUCGGUGAUCCAGUCAUAGAUAAUUCGCCACACUGCCAUCUUGAGGGGGAUUACAUCAUCUAACAGUAAGAAGCACUACUGCAAACUGCCCAGGGAGAGGAUUAGUAAGAGUUACUGUGUAUACAUACCUUCCUGAAAAGUGUAAUUUUACAGACCCUGAAAUGUGUUUGACACAGAAUUCAGAUUUCAGCCACUAAAUCCUGAAACAAAGCCCACUGGAGAAAGCAGUUGGAUGACACGGUCAUGACAAAAACACCUCUGCUGCUCCUGAAGUGCUAAAGGAUCUGUGUGUUAAUAUUUUUAACUGUGUUACAUCAGCCGCUUGAAAGCUGAGAAAUUGCUUUUGUACAAUUACAAUGUGCCACUGUAGGUUUUCAGAGUAACACAAGCUGAGUCAUUUUUAUUUAAUGUAUUGUAUAAUUCUAGGAAAUUGCUUUUAUAUUAACAUGGGCCAUUUUUAAAUGUACAGCACUGUAUUAAUUUUUAGUAUAUGUCAAGAUACGAACAUUUCUCAGUUGCAGCAGUAAAUAACAAUAUACAAAUGAAACCAUCUAACUCCACUAGUGAGAUUUUGUUGGUAAAACUUUGUUGUAUGCUUAAAAUUUUCAAGCCCAGAUUGCUUUGUAUAUAACCUGCUUGGACAUUUCCUUGAUAUUUAGAUAUAGAGUCUGUGUCAAACAUGUAGGGUUUACACACAAGUUACUUUCCAUGUUACUCUACAAUGCCUUCAACUGUAGGCAAAUAAAAUUAAGACAUUUAAUUGCUGUAACACACCUGACAAUAUCUUAACUUAUACCUUUAAUAAGUUGAGAUAACAAUAUACUGUAUCUUAACUAUAAAUUACAGUUGCCUGGUUCUUCAAAGUAACGUACGUAUUGUCUGUACUGUCUUGAUUUUGAAUAAAUAUUUGACA